GUGAUGAGGUGCCGCUGCGCUCGGUUAAAAAAAUGACCCUGGUGUGAUUUCCAUUUGCAUUCCCCUCCGUCUAAUCCCUCACUAUUCUCACUGGCGCUAAUCUGCUGGCGGGCUUCGGGAGGAGAAGCCUCCACACACACAGACUGGUGAUCGGAGGGGGAGGCUGCUGCCGUUUACACCAUCGGAGUGUACGCCAUCGGCGAGUGUUUGCGGGCUUCUUGUGCUCUGACACGGCUCAGGGUUUCACAGGGGCUGCUGAGGGUUCGUGGUAAACAGGGAGAGACCCUGGAUCCGAUGCAUUUGACUUCCAGCGGGAGGACUCGAGGCGACUGUGCGUCCUGUGGUUUAAACCUCUGAUGUAGGAGAAGGGAAGCUCUGUUACACGUCCUAUGAGCAGGAGGGACCUUUCUGUUGGAUUGCACACAGUUUUCAAGUUGUCUCACAGUUUCCUGCCUGCACAGCGGCGUGGUGGUCAGAUAAUGCAAAUCGGAGCUCAUUCAGGUGCCAGACAGUAGAAAGCUUUGAAACGAUGCUCCUGGCGCGAGGCAUUGGCCCCUCAUAGAGCGGACAUGACGGCAGAGGAACUCCCCGCCCCGUGGGUCCCGGGCCCCGUAGGGGGGGUCCACUUAACGGAGGGACUCGACAGCUGCAGCCCAGAAGUGACACGCUCUCACACAGACACGCCCGGUGAGGAAUGUACAGCGACCACAGACAGGGAGGAGCCGUUUUGCAGGAUCUGCCACGAGGGCCCGGCCCCGGGGGAGCUGCUGUCCCCCUGCGAGUGCUGCGGUAGCCUGGCCAUGGUGCACCGGUCCUGCCUGGAGCGCUGGCUCACGGCCUCCAACAGCAGCCACUGUGAACUCUGCCACCACCAGUUUGCGCUGGAGCGGCUGCCGAAGCCCCUGACGGAGUGGCUGUGUUCUCCGUCCGUGCAGCAGCAGAGGAGGAGGACGCUGUGGGGCGACGCAGUGUGUUUCCUGUUCAUCACCCCACUGGCCGGCCUGUCGGGGUGGCUGUGUGUUCAGGGCGCCAUGGAGCUCUACUACACCAACGGCAUGGAGGCCCUGGGGCUGCUGGUCCUCACGCUGGCCCUCUUCAGCAUAUACGUCUUCUGGACCCUGGUAUCUGUGCGCUAUCACGUGAAUUUGUUCCAGACGUGGAAGAGGACCAACAAGAGAGUGAGGUUGCGGAUUCCCUUGCUCGCCCACAGCCGACCUGCCCGACUGAGCCGGUCCAUAAACACCUUCUGCAAAGGCACCAACAAAGAGACUAUGGUGUAGACGCCAGUCAUCACGGCAACGGAGCCAAAGACAUGAUGAAUCCUG